AUGGAACCCCCACCGAAGCGCGCUGGUGUCUCCAAAGCCGCGGUGGGGCAGAUGCGGGCCACCAACGAUUUGGAGGCGAACUUCGAGACGUGCUCGACGCUCGCCAGCGCCGCGGCUUCGCAGGGGUGCUCCAUACUCUUCCUCCCCGAGUGUUUCGCGUACAUCGGAAUAGCGGGAAAUGACGCGCUGGCGGUGAUGGAACCCCUGGACGGCCCGCUGAUGGCACGGUACAGGCAGCUGGCGAAGGACACCGGCGUGUGGCUGUCCCUUGGGGGCUUUCCGGAGACGGGACCGGACGCGGAUCACAGGUACAACACGCACGUCCUCGUGGACUCCGACGGGGACGUGCGCGCCAGCUACAGGAAGAUUCACCUGUUCGACGUCGACAUUCCGAACGGCCCUGUGCUGAUGGAGAGUAAGACGGCGUCACCCGGCGAUGCAAUCGUCGCGGCUGAUUCGCCGAUAGGGCGGCUUGGCAUGACGGUGUGCUACGACCUGCGAUUCCCGGAGCUGUACUCGCGGCUGAGGCACGAGAUGGGCGCACAGAUCAUGCUGGUACCGUCAGCCUUCACCAAACCCACGGGUGAGGCACACUGGGAGGUGUUGCUGAGGGCGAGGGCGAUCGAGACGCAGAGCUACGUCAUCGCCGCGGCGCAGGCAGGGGUUCACAGCGAGAAACGGGAGAGCUACGGGCACGCGAUCAUCAUUGACCCGUGGGGGAAGGUUUUGGCCAAACUCGAGGAUCCGGACAACGGCAUCGGCAUAGCGACCGCGGACAUAGAUCUCGGGUACCUGGAGGACGUGAGGGAGAGGAUUCCGGUAGAUAAACAUAGGCGAAAGCUGGAGACAUUCGAAGCGACCGUCGAGAAGGAGUAG